AUGGCCCAAGGGGACGUUCAUUCUUCUAUAACGGAGGCCAGGAAGUUUGACACUUCGGAGAAAGCAAGUACUCAACCAUUGCGUGCUCGAUCGCACGACAGCUACACAGCCCGUUCUACCUACAACGCCGACCUGCUCAACGAAUUCGCUGGAAUGGACGAAGAUUGCUUACUAGGCGAAGCCACCAACGUGAAGGAGUCCAGAAAAGAGGAUACGGUUGUGGAGCCGCCAGCUCUUCCGCAAAAGUCGAGUCUACGCGCCUCACGCAUACUCGAUAGCCUCAAGUUGAGUUCAAUCGAGUCGGCUACACAAUCUCUGACGACACCACAUGACGCAUACAUGUCUUCAGAGGAAGACGCUUCGUCCUCAGCGGACGAAUUCUCCGACUACGACUUUGACUCUUGCAGUGAGGCUUCACAAGGUGCAUCAGUACGGAGGAAGAGCUAUGAAGAUACUGCGCGAGUCGUCUCGGUCAUCUACUCCGGCAAACCUUCGCUGGUGGACCUUCCCUCGCCUCGGCGAUCGACAACAUCAUCUGCCUCGGAUACAGAGAGCGAUAUCUCAAUUGAGACACCAAUAGACCACCCAGCUGCAGAUGGUCACCCACCGAGGACAAGCAGUCUGAUCCCAACCACACCACCUUCAUUCUUGAAAGAAGAUCCCUUUGCAGAGACACGAUACGUUCCCGAUGCUGCAAGAGAUGGUCAGCUAGAUGGUCCUCUGCGAGUAUCCAAGGCACCUGCUGUACUCAACCGCGUGCAACGAACUUUCAGCCUGGUCAGGAAGCGAAGCAGACCCUUCCUUCGCACCGCCAGUAGUACAAUGUCCAGAGAUGACCUCAUAUUACCUCCCCUACCUGUAUCAACGAUCAACCUACCAUCACUAAUAACAUCAACUGCGGAGCAAGCUGCGGAGGCAAAAGGCGCGGCAGAAGUCGUGGAGUCGCCCCGUUCACCAGUAAAAUACAACGAUAUCAUCAAGGCAGCAAGAAAGAAUAAGCAUGCUGCAUCGAAAAGCAUAUCUGCUGCGUCACUCCCUCUCACACCUAUAACUCCUAUAACACCGACUUGUCCCGUCGCCUCAAAGAGGGGCAUUCUCAGUGGCUUGAAAGCCAAUAGGCGAAGCAUGAAGCCAUAA